UGUGUUGAGCCCCGCCUCCACUCGUUACUCCCUACAGCUGCACCAAACACACGUGAGGUUGGAGUGGAGUCGGUUGAACGCACUGCGCUAUGGAACAAGAUACCUUCAUUUCAUCAAUGACACGAGCAGGACGAUGACAUAUGAACCUUCUUAACCUGUUAUGAGAUGAUAUAAUGACAACAGAGUAACUAAACAAGCAGGACAAGGUCUUAAACAGUGUCGGAGAAGCGCCAGAGGACGCACAAGAGGCUUCAACACUCUUCCAUUGUGUUGAUUCAAAGGAUGUUCGUCUUCACUCUCUGCCUGUUCUUAUGGUCCUGGCUAUCAUCCAUUUACGGUCUGGAGUUUCGCUAUCAUAACAGCAUGGAAAUGGAGCAGUACUUGAAAGACAUCAACAGGAUGUUUCCUGAUAUCACGCAUCUACACGGUAUCGGCCAGUCCGUUGAAGGAAGAGAACUCUGGGUCUUAAUACUGGGUCAACAUCCCAGAGAACACCGAACGGGCAUCCCGGAAUUCAAAUAUGUGGGCAAUAUGCACGGAAACGAGGCUGUGGGCCGUGUGUUACUGCUUCAAUUGAUCGAUUAUCUGACCAGUCGUUACCUGAGUGAUCCGUUGGUGACACGUUUGUUGAACAGCAGUCGUGUGCACAUCCUGCCAUCCAUGAACCCAGACGGCUUUGAGUCAUCUGCCCGGGAAUGCAUGUAUACAAUAGGCCGGUAUAAUAAGAACGGGGUGGACCUGAAUCGCAAUUUUCCGGACUUAUUCGAGGGUAAUACCGAGCGGGAAAGGGAGAAGGAGGUCAGGGCCGUGAUGGACUGGCUAAAGACAGAAAGUUUUGUCCUCUCAGCUAAUCUCCACGGAGGAGCGGUGGUGGCCAGCUAUCCCUACGACAACAGCAAUGGAGGAAGCGAGCUGCAGGGAGGCCACAGCAUCUCCCCCGACGACGACGUGUUUGUCCACCUGGCAAAGACCUACUCCUACAGCCACAGAGAAAUGCACAACGGAAACAGCUGUUACGAUUCGCAGGACUUCACCCAGGGCAUCACUAACGGAUAUUACUGGUAUCCUCUACCAGGUGGAAUGCAAGACUAUAACUAUGUGUGGGCACAGUGUUUAGAGCUCACACUGGAAAUCUCUUGCUGCAAGUUUCCUCCAGAGGCGCAGCUUCCCGGCCUAUGGGAGGCCAACAAACCCGCACUACUGGCUUACAUACAGCAAGUACACCUAGGGGUGAAAGGAGUAGUGACGGACUCAUACGGGAAGCCUGUCCGAAACGCCGUAGUGGAGGUAGCGGGGAGAAGAAACCUUUGUCCCUUCAGGACGGAUCGUAACGGGGAAUACUACAGACUGCUGCUGCCCGGCAACUACACCAUCACAGUGACAUACCCAGGACACAAGACCCUCACUCAGACCGUUCAAGUGCAGUAUGGUCCAGACGCAUUCUCUGCCCUCACACACAACUUCUUCCUUCAAAAGAACGACUAUAGCUCAAAAGCAACACAACUACCCCAGUCCUGCACCACCCCAAAUCUGGGAAUCACAGAGAGCGACAGUGCCACCCUGCUGCCCACUGUGUUCACUACACUUACCUUAUUACUCCUCCAAAGACUGCUGCUCUGAGGGGGAAGAGACUUUUAAACAUCA